GCGUCUAAAUGUCUGUGGUCCUAACUGCCGUCACUUCCUUUUAGGCAGCCUCGGAGAUGCCUGCGUGAAGCGGUGAGCGCAGCGGGCCACGUUGUUUGAACGAUGAGUUGUUGUUAGUCUUCUUGUUGGCCGCCCGGCUCGAGGUAACGUUAACAAACGCGUGGUUCACUUAAUUAACGGAUAACGUCCGUGGAGCCGUCGCAGCAGAGACGCUGUUCGCGCUCGUGACUUCAGUUGGGCCAAACUUGUGCGCGCGGCCCGCCAAAAAAGCCGCCGCGAGGAAGUAACCAUUUUGUCCCGUUAGCUUGUUUGUUGAUAUUUUUAAGAUGAGCGGAGGAUUCAACUUCGGACAAGCCAACACGGGCUUUGCCUUCGGGACUCAGAAGACCGCCGCCGCCGCCGCCGCACCGGCGGCUCCCGGCACCGGCUUCGGGAUGACAAGCGCCCCGCCCGCAGCCUCCGGAGGCGGCUUCACCUUCGGCACUGCCGCUCAGCCAGCCGCCAACCCUGCCGGCUCUUUCAGCUUCGGCACCCCAGCGAAGAGCACAGCAGCAGCGGCACCGGCACCAGCAGGAGGUGGGUUCUCAUUUGGGACCCCCACCGCCGCCCAAACCAACGCCUUUGGCCUGGGUGCAGCUCCACAAACCACCGCGGCAGCAGCAGCAGGGCUCGCCUUAGGCGCCGCAGGGUCAGGGUUCACCCUGGGCACCAGUUUAUCUGCACAGACCACCACUGCCGCCCCUGCAGCAGCUGGAGGAGGAGGGGGCUUCGCCUUUGGGACUGCGGCUCAAAUUCAACCCCAACCCGCUGCAGCAGUACCAGCACCGACAGCCGCAACCACAGCACCCACCGGGGCAGGCGGCCUCUCCUUCGGAGGAUUCAGCUUUGGAGCAAACAAGGUCCAGAUGACCACAGCUGCAGCCCCUGCUGCUGCUGCAGCCCCUGCAGGAGGAGGAGGAGGGGGCUUCAGCUUUGGUACCACUGCUCCAUCCAAUCUCACUUUGGGCAGCCAGCCCCAAACCCAGCCAGCCCUCACAGCUGCAACCACAGCAGCUCCAGGUGGAGGAGGAUUCGCCUUUGGGAUUAAACCCUCAUCAACUCCAGCUCCUCCUGCAGCGACCCAGGCAGCCCCAACGUCAGGCCCGUCUCUCUUUGCUUCACCCAUCCCUACAGCUGCUGCACCUACUGUCGCCACUGUACCGGGUACAGGCUUUACUUUGAGCGCAGCUCCAACUUCAGCUCCGAGCAUUACUGCCGCUGCGACAACUACAGCAGCAGGUGGAGGUCUGGCUUUUAUGCUCAAGCCUCUGGGGGCAGUAAGCACCACCUCCGCUGCUGCCCUCGCCCCUGCUUCCACAGCUGCAGCUGCUACAACCGGUUCUGCUUUAGGCUUUUCACUUGGGCUCAAACCUGCAUCCGGCACAAGCGCCACAACGGCCGCAAUAGCCACAACGAUCACUACGACCGCCGCUCCUCCGGUGAUGACCUACGCCCAGCUAGAGGGCCUCAUUAACAAGUGGAGUCUGGAGCUCGAGGACCAAGAGAGACAUUUCUUACAGCAGGCGACUCAGGUGAACGCCUGGGACCGCAUGCUGGUGGAGAACGGCGAGAAGAUCACAGCUCUGCAUAAGGAGAUGGAGAAGGUGAAGCUGGACCAGAGGAGGCUAAACCAGGAGUUGGAUUUCAUCCUGUCCCAACAGAAGGAGCUCGAGGACUUGCUGUGCCCGCUCGAGGAGUCGGUGAAAGAGCAAAGCGGAACCAUCUACAUGCAGAACACGGACGAGGAACGGGAAAGAACGUACAAGCUCGCCGAGAACGUGGACGCUCAGCUGAAGAGGAUGUCGCAGGACCUGAAGGAGAUCAUCGAGCACCUGAACACAUCCAGCGGCCCAGCAGAUACCAGUGACCCACUUCAGCAGAUCUGUAAAAUUCUCAACACCCACAUGGAUUCACUUCAGUGGAUCGACCAGAACUCUGUCCUCCUGCAGAGGAGAGUGGAGGAAGUGUCCAAACUGUGUGACAACCAGCGCAAGGAGCAGGAGAAAACCUUUCGCUUAACAUUCGACUGAGGUGGAAUAAACACUUUUGACAUGUAUAUCGAUGCUAACUCUGUAUUUAGUGUUUUUUCCAGUAGAGAUCUUUUGAAAGCAUUCAUCACAACUCCUUAAUUUGCUGUUUUGAGUCCUUUAGGAUCCACGAAGAGUGAUAUUUUCAAUGCGAUAGCUUUUUAUAUAGAUUGAGGACGUUUAUAAUCCCAUGUAAAUGCUAUGCUUGUUCUAAAAAAGUAUGAUUAAAUAAAUCUCUUGAGUAAGGCUCUG